AUGGACACCCUUGAGUCCCCGGCCCGGGACAGCUCCCCUACCACCGCCACGGCACUGGGGCAGGGGCUGAGGGUCUGCAGCACCUUGGAGUGCCACGCAGGGCUAGAUGAGCACCUCCAGGACCCCCUUCCGGGUCUCACUCCUGGGCAGUGGCAGCUCCUGACCAAGCUCCUGCGCUGUGACCCUGCAACACUGGACUAUGGGGCCAUACUGGCCCCCAACAGCUCCAUGGUGGCCCUCAGUCCCCUCUUUGCCAGCAUCGAGAUGGGGCUGAGGUGGCUCCUGCUGGGCUCCAUGUUCCUGCACCACACCCUGGAGCCGGUGAGGCCAUGCCAGAGCUGCUACACCUGUUCCCAUGCCAUGAGGGACAUGCAGAGCUUUCACCAGGAUACCCACAGUUGGGACAACAUUGGCUGCAGCUUCGUGAUGGGCUCAGACGGGUACCUGUAUGAGGGUCAGGGGUGGCACUGGAUCAGUGCCCACACCAAGGACUACAAUACCAAGGGCUUCAGCACUGGCAUCAUCUGGGACUUCUCGGCCACCCUGCUGGACCCCGACACCCUGGCCCUGAUGCAGGAUGAACUCUAGCCCUGUGCUGUCCAGUCUGGCUGUGUCCAGCCAGACUUCACCCUGUGUGGCCAGCUCAGCCGCACCAAUUGCCCUGGCAACGCCCUCUUCCAGGAGAUCCAGAGCUGGCCCAGCUUCCAGGGGACACUGGUGUCCCCAGGGCUUGGGGUGGGUGUCCCAGUGGAGUUAGUGGGAGGAGGUUCAGGGUGAUGAUUGGGAUUGACUGAACCCUGUGUUUUCCUCCAUGGUCAUGUCCUAUGCCAUGUCCCAUGUCCCAUGCCCUGUGUCCCAUGCCAUGCUCCAUGGUCAUUCCCAUGUCCCUGUGCUCUCCAAUCAUGUCCCAUGUCCUGCGUCAUGUCCUGUGUCCUGUGCCAUGCUCCAGGGUCCUGUUCCAACCCACAGCAUGCCCUGUGCCAUG